CUGACCGACCCAGGUGUCAAGAUCUCCACAAUGCUCCUUCGCUGCGUCUGGGCACAGCUAGUGCUGAGUCAUUAGGCAGCACCAUAUUCUGGCAUACAGUGUCUAUAAAACUUAUAUUAUAAAGUCUAAGCGACAGAAGGGAUGAUGAUUAUUGCUAUUCGAUGAACCGCGUUGCACUACUGUCUUUUAACAAACAGUUAAGAGGAUCAAAAAUCUCCCAUCAGACCUCUGUAGGACCCUGCAGAGCUACGUCUGUGGAACUCUCGACGCCGAAAACUCCUGGUCCCGCCCGCCCACCACGAAAAGCACUAUGAACCCCCUUCUACAGUCGCAGGUAAACCCUGUCCCUCAACCGCCCCCCUCACAGCUCGAGGAUUACAGCUGGACCGUUGACAGCGCCGAUGUCUUCGUACGCUCCGGCCCAAACGGCAUGAAUCGCUUCGCGCCCUGGGGACCCGGGAGGGCCAAAGAGAUUGAUGGCGCUUCCGCGUCCGCCUCAGAAGACGAAUCUCCGCGCGUUGAGACACUACCCCUCUUCCCGCAUCCGGCAAUCUCGCUGCCCGUCCCGGAACUCAAAUUUGAUUUUCGGAUGACAGUUACCCAUAGUCCACCUGUGCGGCUUAAGACCACGAGUGCGGAGAUUAAGAAUUGGAUCCCGAUUAUGGGGGGCACGUGGUCGGGGACCUGUGGAUCGGGGAUCGUUGCUCCGGGUGGACAUGUGGUACAUACCGUACACAACCCAUCCUACAUCUCAGAAGUGAAGAUGGAUUACAUCAUGCAGACGGUUGAUGAGCCACCAGCGAUGAUCGCGGUACAUGUAGAGGCGAGCAGGACGGGGCCGCUGGAGGUGCUGAAGCAGUUGGGCCCGGGGUGCCAGGAGGGGUCGGACCCGAGGAGGUAUAUGUUCCGGCUUUCCUUGAGGAUGGAGACAGCAGAUGAGCGGUAUGCGGAGAAGGUGAACUUUGGGCUGUGGGUGGGUAGUGGGGUGAAGAAUGAGUGGGAGUUUGUUUUUGAGUAA